AUGAUGUUGUCGAAUAGUUUGAGGACUUUGAGGGUUCCCCUGUGUGCUAAUUUUAAGUCUGGUAGUAUUUUCACAAGGUUCUAUGCGAGACCGACCGCUAUGAAACCGGUUGAUUCGACCGCUGCUGUCGCUGCUGAAAUGACGAUCACUCCACAAAUGUUGAAGAUUGUUCCGAAUCAGACGGAUUUGGUUGCUUUAGAGAAACAAGACGAAGUCAUAAAGAGACGUAGAAAAUUGGCAAAGGAAAUCACGGUAAUGAGGAAACCAAAACCUAUUUCGCCUGGUUUGAGGUGGUGGAGACGCCCCGUAUAUCCUUAUUUGUUCAAAGGAAGACCGGUUAAGAGUUUAACCGUGGCUAAGAGAGGCACAGGUGGUAGAAAUAGCACCGGUAAAAUCACUGUCAGGAGUAGAGGUGGUGGUCAUAAGAGACGUCUUAGACUGUUGGACUUCUCUAGAUUGCUGGAAGGCCAACAAACUGUACAAAGAAUAGAAUAUGAUCCAGGUAGAACUGCUCAUAUCGCACUUUUAAAGCAUAACGAAACAGGUAAUUUGUCUUAUAUUGUGGCAUGCGAUGGCCUAAGAGAGGGUGAUAUUGUCGAAUCGUACAGAAAAGGUAUUCCAAAAUACUUAUUAGAAGAAAUGGGCGGUAAAAUUGAUCCAGCUAUUGUCAGUGUCAGAACUGCGCAAAGAGGUAAUUGUUUACCUAUUUCAAUGAUCCCAAUUGGUAGUGUCGUUCACAAUGUUGGUCUAACACCUGUAGGCCCAGCUAAAUUCUGUCGUGCUGCUGGUUCCUAUGCUCGUAUUAUAUCUAAAUUACCUGAGAAGAAGAAAGCAAUCGUUCGUUUACAAAGUGGUGAACAACGUUAUGUAUCAAUAGAUGCAUGCGCUACUAUGGGCAUUGUUUCUAAUGUUGACCACCAAAACGCUUCUCUAGGUAAAGCUGGUAGAUCAAGAUGGUUAGGUAGAAGACCACACGUAAGAGGUGUCGCUAUGAAUAAAUGUGACCAUCCACACGGUGGUGGUCGUGGUAAAUCCAAGUCUAAUAAAUUAUCGAUGUCACCAUGGGGCCAAUUAGCAAAGGGUUACAAGACCAGAAGAGGAAAGAAUCAAAAUAGAAUGAAGGUCAAGGAUAGACCAAGAGGUAAAGCUGCAAGAUUGCAAUAA